AUGUUCGCUUCCAAGCUUGUCCUCGCCGCCUUUGCCUGCCUCGCUCUCGAAGCUGCCGCCGCUCCUCUCGGUGACUACGCCAACCUCGCCAACGGAGACAUCGCCAACGGAGUCCAAGUUCUUGACAUUGCCGACCAAGUCACCAAUGCUUUGAACAACCCUCACGCCGACAUGUCCGGCAUCAACACCAAGCGAUUGUUGGAUGACGCCACCGCCGCGAAUGGCAACAUCGCCAACGGAGUCCAAGUCCUUACCAUCCUUGGACAGAUUCAACAGGCGCUCAACAACCCUCACACUCAAGUCAAUGGCGUCAACACCAAGCGAGCCCCUCUUGGAGACGAUGCUACUCUUGCCAACGGUGACAUUGCCAAUGGAGUUCAAGUCAUUGACAUUCUUGGUCAAAUCACCGGCGCCGGUAACAACCCCUUCACCUCAGUCAAGGGCAUCAACACCAAGCGAUCCCCUCUUGGAGAUGACGCUACCCUCGCCAACGGUGAUAUUGCCAACGGUGUCCAGGUUCUCAGCAUUCUGGACCAGAUCACUGGCGCAUUCAACAACCCUUUCGGCUCCGCUAAGGAAAUCAACACCAAGCGAUCCCCUCUCGCCGAUGAUGCUGAUGUUCUGAACGGAGACAUUGCCAACGGAGUCCAAGUCCUCACCAUUCUUGGACAGAUCAGCAAUGCUCUCAACAACCCUUCCGCCAAGAUGUCCAACGUCAACACCAAGCGAUCGCCCUUGGCAGAUGAUGCUAGUCUUGGAAAUGGAGACAUUGCCAACGGUGUUCAAGUCUUGACCAUUGCCAACGAGAUCUCCCAGGCUUUGAGCAACCCUCACGCCCAGGUCUCUGGUAUCAACACCAAGCGACUCGUCGAUGGAGUCACUGCUCUCAACGGUGACAUCGCCAAUGGCGUCCAAGUCAUUGCCAUUGCCAACGAGAUCAGCCAAGCUUUGAACAACCCUCACGCUCAGGCGUCGGGUGUCAACACCAAGAGACUCGUCGACGACUUGACUGGACUCAACGGCGACAUUGCCAACGGGGUCCAGGUCCUCGAUAUCGCGGAUCAGAUCACCGGAGCCUUCAACAACCCCUUUGGAAAGGCUUCAGGUGUCAACACCAAGCGACUCGUCGACGACUUGACGGGAUUGAAUGGUGACAUUGCCAACGGGGUCCAGGUCCUCGAUAUCGCCGACCAAAUCACUGGAGCGUUCAACAACCCUUUUGCGUCUUCCUCCAAGCUCAACACCAAGCGACUCGUCGACGGAUUGACCGCGCUCAACGGAGACAUUGCCAACGGUGUCCAGGUCUUGGAUAUCGCUGACCAGAUUACUGGAGCUUUCAACAACCCCCAUGCCCAAUUUUCUGGCUACAACACCAAGCGACUUGUAGACGGUCUCACAGCCUUGAAUGGUGACAUUGCGAACGGUGUCCAGGUCCUCGACAUUGCCGAUGAGAUCACAAACGCCAUGAACAACCCUCACAUGCAAGCCUCUGGAAUCAACACCAAGCGUCUGCUUGAUGGACUUGAUGCCUUGAACGGAAACAUUGCCAACGGUGUUCAGGUCUUGGCCAUUGCCGAUGAGGUCAGCCAGAUCCUCAACAACCCAUCUUACAAAGCCUCUGGAGUCAACACAAAAUAG